AUGGUUCACAUGGCCAAUGCCGUGAAAAUUAUGGGGCUUCCCUCUUGGACGAGCGCUUGCGCCACCGCUCCCGAACGUUGCGGCUGCCGCGAGCAGAGCAACAACGUGCAGAAUGCGAAUCGGCUCUUCGACUCCCAGAACAACGCGGCGGCGGGGCAAAUUGGGGACGACUGCAAGCCGGCGAAGGAUGGGGACAACAACGACGUCACCGUGGAAGGGCUCUACGUGGAGUGGACCCAUCAUGGCUGCGGGGUUGGGCAUCCGAACCUGCGGUGCCAGAUCAUCCUGCAGUACAUGUCGGAGGAGGACAACCCCAGCCUCCGCGACGGCACCGGUCAGACCUCCGCAGGUGGCGAUGGCAACGACCCCACGGAGGCGGAGACGGCAGAGUUGGCGCGGGGCUACCACAAGCCAUUUGACUACUACCAGUCCUGCAUGGCGCGUGAGCGGAACCAGGGCCUCUACACCGCGGACCAGGCCCUGGAGGCGAACGGCGGGGCCUCCUCCACGCGGCAAAACCCCAACGGCAACGGGCGGCGCCGCGGAGCCCAGCGCCACGGCCUCGAGUGCCCCGAGGAGCGGGACUACUGCCCCUAUUGGCACCCCACCCCCUGGCACGACAUCGCCAUUCUCACGGACGAACCCUACGAGCGCUGCGACUACUACCGUGCCGAGUCCCAGAACGUUGUGGCCAAGGGCUACUGCUCGGAGCCAGGGUUUAACAACCCGGACUCCUGCGCAGGCAACGGUGGUGCCUGGAAGGAGCAGGCGGCUUUUGAGGAGCCGCCCCCCGAGUGCACCGGGAGCAUCGGCAGCCGCGACAACCACAACGGCAACGGCCGCAACGGCCAUCCGCAUUACUACGUCUGGAAGAUUCCGGAGUACCUCACGGGAAGGGUGGUGUUGCGGAUCAGGUACAACAUCACCACAGGGGACUUCAACUACGGAUCUUUGGUGAACCCCAAGGAAGUUGGCGCAGAGCUCACCGGAUCCAAGGCGGACCCCUUCUUCAUGGACCGGAAGUUCAAAGACCCCAACCCCGGCACCCGAAGGCGCAGCACCUUCGCCGGGCGCCCGGCGGUGCCUGUGCCGCUGGCCCAGGACCCGGCCGACUGGCUGAAGCUGGGGGACACGAAUCAGGACACCUCGCGGCUGCAGCUUCAGGUGAACACCAACCAGUUCGGGCGCACCUUCGAAGACCGCACCCACUCCUUUCUGGUGCUGGAGCGCCCUGCCAACGUGCCCCAGGUGUACCCUGCAGUGGAAUACGACUUCAUCCCGCAGGACCUCAAGGUAGAGCAGGGCACUUUGCUCCACUUCCAGUGGACGGGCUCCGACGCCAACAACAAUAACAACGCAGGGAACGGGCGUGCCGGAACCGACCGCUCCAACCUCGUGCAGGUGCAGUCCAGGUCGGAGACAGUGCCACUACCCUUGAGCAAGCACACCCUGCUCUUCAACGCCCUGGCGAACCCCGACGACCCCGAGGGCCGGCGCCUGGCGGACAAGUUCGCGUACCUGGACCAGGACUCGAUCGUGACCUGUGACCCGGACACCAACCAGAACUCGGAGACCAACUGCAAGCAGCUGAACGGCGCCGCCUACUUCGACGGCCUGGUGGAGAUGAAGAACAACGACUUCUCCAACCGGUCCCACAAGGCCCAGAUCACCGUGACCCGAUUCUCUUUUGAGAUCUACGAGAACAUCGCGCUGGGCGUGGGCGGCUUCCGCUUCCUGGUGCUCUUCAUCUACGUCUGCUGCGCGAUCCACGCGUGCCGGAGGCCGGGCAGUUGGCUCUUCAGCCGCCGCUACCGGCCGCGAGUGCUGCGCUGGGUGCUGCGGAAGGCGACCAUGGAGCGGCUGCUUGAGGAGCGACGUCAGCUGGUGGCCAAGCAGAGGAAGGAGUGGGCGAAUAAGGCCAACGCCCACGCGGUGGAGGAGCUGAACCUGAGCCUGAAGAGCGUAAAGCUGUUGCCCCGCGACGUCAUCGGCUUGACGUUCGAGCUGCCCCAAGGCUUCGCCUACCAGGCCGGGCAGUACAUCUUGCUGGGCUGGAAGGGCGAGUGGCAUCCCUUCACUCUCACCUCGGCGCCGGAGGAGAACUGCAUCAGCGUGCACAUCCGGGCGCCCAACACCUUGGACUGGUGCUCCGCGCUGCGGAAGCGCCUCACCGAGACGGCCCCAGGCCAGGCGGCGGGGCUGAAGGAGACGAAGCCGCCCAAGGCGCCGCGGGUCUUCGAGUACAGCAAGCACACGCUGCCCAACAGCCACAUCGUGUACAAUGUGCCCAAGGUGAGUCCUGCAGAGGCAGAGGGUGAGACAGGGGCCGACCCGAGGCUCCUGGGGCGCAACGCCUCGGGCAAGGUGCUGGAGCCGGCGCGGAGCGGCAUGACGAUGAUCAGCCGCCCGGCGCCGGGGAUGCUGCCGGAGGAGGCGGUGGUGCUGCAGGUGACGGGGCCCUUCGGCGCUCCCGCGCAGAAGGUCUGGGGCUUCGACACCUUGAUGGUGGUGGGCGCCGGCAUCGGCGUCACGCCCUUCGCCUCCAUCCUGCGCUCCGUGCAGCUCCGCGCUCGCCAGCGCGAGACCAUCAUGAGCGCGGCCACGAGGCCUUCGGCGUGGCGGAACAUGGUGAAGAACGAGGCGGAGGACAGCCGGGCCUCCUUGCAGAAGCUGGUGGAGGACCUGGUGGUGAUCCCCAAGAAGAUCUACUUCUACUGGAUCUGCCGUGGGCAGGAGGAGUUCGACUGGUUCUGCGACCUGCUGGCGGAUGCCGCUGAGGGCCCGCACGCCGGCAUCGUGGACAUCACCUUGUUCCUCACCGGCGAGAUUGAGUUGUCCCAGGUGAAGAAGCUGCCCUGCGCCUCGGGCCAGUUCUUCGGGCGACCCAACUGGGGCCGGAUCUUCAAGCAGAACCGAGAGAAGCAUCAGGGCGAGCACGUUGGCGUCUUCCUGUGCGGGUCCCCCAUCAUCGGAGAAGAGCUGAGCCGGCAGAGCGUGAAGCACUCCGAUCUGGUGGGCACGCCACACGCCACGCGCUUCUCCUUCUUCAAGGAGCACUUCUGA